AGUCUGACGUAAUUUCCAAUUUUCCGAAAUCUCUACCGUCUACCAACAUGUCGCUCGCGAAAAGUGUGUACAGUUUACUCUUCAAGAGAACAUCUACAUUUGCUGUCACGAUCAUGGUCGGAGCAGUGUUUUUUGAAAGAGUAUUUGACCAAGGGGGAGAUGCCAUAUUUGAGCAACUGAAUCGGGGGAAACUCUGGAAACACAUAAAACACCAAUACGAAAAAGAGGACGAGUGACCUGAUGGCAGCUUCGGCAGUAUUGAAGCUAACGCAUGACUUCAAUGUUCCAUUCCCUCUUGAGUCUACACCUGCAUUGACAUGGAUUUGUCACAACGAAGAUGAAUGCUGGUUACCAGAAACUCCAUGGCAGUUAGACAAAGACUGGUCAGAACACCACGGAAGGGUUUCUUGGCUACUGUCGAUCUAACACUGUCCUGUCCCUCAACAUUUGUAUAUGUUCCGAUAUGUUAAAAACUGUAUUAAUAAAUUCAACAGCAACCUA